AUGUUUCAGACAUUUAAGGAAUGGUUCUGGCUAGAACGGUUCUGGCUUCCUCCAACGAUACAGUGGUCAGAUCUUGAAGAUCAUGAUGGACUCGUCUUUGUCAAACCUUCUCAUUUGUAUAUGACAAUCCCAUAUGCUUUUCUUUUGCUGAUCAUCAGACAUUUCUUUGAAAAGUUUGUUGCUACACCUCUAGCAAAAACAUUUGGCAUUCAAAAGGACGUUAAAAAAAUUACACCAAAUACCACCUUAGAGAACUUUUUCAAGCAUUCCACAAGGCAACCAUCACAAACUGAUAUUUAUGGGCUGGCAAAGAAGUGUAACUUGACGGAGCGCCAGGUGGAAAGAUGGUUUAGGAGUCGGCGGAAUCAAGAGAGGCCUUGCAGGUUGAAGAAAUUUCAGGAAGCCUGCUGGAGAUUUGCAUUUUACUUAAUGAUUACUGUUGCUGGAAUUGCAUUUCUUUAUGAUAAACCUUGGGCAUAUGACCUCUGGGAGGUUUGGAAUGGCUAUCCCAGACAGCCAUUGCUGCCAUCCCAGUAUUGGUACUACAUUUUAGAAAUGAGUUUUUAUUGGUCUCUGUUAUUUAGCCUUGGCUCUGAUGUCAAGAGAAAGGAUUUUCUAGCUAAUGUCAUCCACCACCUGGCUGCUAUUAGUUUGAUGAGCUUUUCUUGGUGUGCUAAUUAUAUUCGCAGUGGGACCCUCGUGAUGAUUGUGCACGAUGUAGCUGACAUUUGGCUGGAGUCUGCUAAGAUGUUCUCUUAUGCUGGAUGGAAGCAAACCUGUAACACCCUGUUUUUCAUCUUCUCUGCCAUAUUUUUCAUCAGCCGUCUCAUUAUUUUCCCCUUUUGGAUUUUAUAUUGCACCCUGAUUCUGCCUCUGCAUUACCUUGAACCUUUCUUUUCAUAUAUCUUCCUCAACUUACAACUCAUGAUCCUACAGGUCCUUCACCUUUACUGGGGUUAUUUCAUUGUGAAGAUGCUCAAAAGAUGUAUAUUCUUGAAGAAUAUCCAGGAUGUGAGAAGUGAUGAUGAAGAUGAAUAUGAAGAAGAAGACGAGGAGGAAGAGGAGGAGGAGGAGGAGAAAGAGAAAGAAGCUGCCAAAGACAAAGACAGRGAAAGUUUGAAGAAUGGCCUUGGGKCUGACAGGCACCUCAUUCCCAAUGGUCAGCAUGGUCGUUAG